AACAAGACGGUAAACCCUCAAUUCAGUUGUUGAUCCGUUCUUUGUUCAUCCCAAUCGAAUCAGAAUGGCCACCGCAGCUCCUCGUCUCCAGCCGCUGAAGCUCCCUGUUGCGCCGGCGCAGCAGACGCCCGAACAGCGUUACUGGAGAACAUUCAAGUCUCCGCUCCUUAUUAAGGAGUACGGUUCAGUCACACACAUUCACUUUUCACCUAACUCGCCAUAUGACUUUGCUGUCACCGCGUCUACGAGAGUACAGAUCUACUCCGCCAAAACCCGCCAAGUGACCAAGACUAUUAGCAGAUUCAAGGAAGUUGCAUACGGAGGUGAACUCCGUCAGGAUGGAAAGCUGCUAGUAGCUGGUGACGCCGCCGGCCUCGUACAGAUCUUUGAUGUCGGAUCAAGAAAUAUCUUGAGGUCGUUGCAGGGUCACAUCUUGCCCGUUCACGUUACCAAGUUCUCUCCCGAGAACCUUACGACGCUAUUGACGGCAAGUGACGACAAGACGGUUAGAUUAUGGGACAUCCCGACACAGACGGCUACCAACAUCUUUUCGGGCCACGAAGACUACGUGAGGGCUGCUUGCUUCGUUGCGGGUGGGUUGGUUGCGUCUGGAUCAUAUGAUGGUACGGUGCGUCUGUGGGAUCCUAGAGUGAAGGAGAAUGGUGGAGAGGUUGGACGUUGGGAGCACGGAGAGGCAGUUGAUGCGAUUCUUUCGGUUGGAACGGCUGGUACGACGUUGGUGUCUGCGGGUGGCGAUGUGAUCAAGGUUUGGGAUAUCACGACUGGUCGCUCUGAGCCUGUUCGUGAGCUCCGGAAUCACAGGAAGGGUGUUACGUGUCUCGCGCAGGACAAGACCGGUUCUCGUGUUCUUUCGGGUGGAUUGGAUGGUCAUGUCAAGAUCUACGAGACCAGGGACUGGAAGGUCGUUCACGGUGUCAAGUACUCCGCACCACUACUCUCCGUCGCACUCUCCCCAGACGACAAGCACAUCGUUGCCGGUAUGACCACGGGACUCCUCUCCAUCCGUACCAGACCAGCAGCAGGCGUAACAAAGAACAAGGCAAAGAAAGACCGCACGAGCGCAAACAAACGAAUCAUGCGCGGAACGGACUACAAACCCGAUGCAAACUCUGGCGUCGUCGAAGUCGAAGAAGCACGAAGAAAGCGCCUCAGAGCCUACGACAAACACCUCCGCGCAUUCCGCUACGCCGACGCCCUCGACUCUGUCCUCACCUCCGCAACAGCCCUCACCAUUCUCACCGUCCUCACUGAAAUCCGUCAUCGUUCUGGUUUGCGACAAGCUCUCCAAAACCGCGAUCAGGAAUCCCUUGCGCCGAUUUUGAGAUGGUGCACAAAAUGGAUUCGGGAUGCGAGGUAUGUUAAUUGUGUUAGCGCUGUUAUGGAUGUGUUGUUGGAUAUCUAUGGGGGUUCGAUGGGUAGUAGUGCGUAUGUGGAUGAUUUGGUGUUGAAGCUUGCGGAUCGGGUCGAGGAGGAGGUUUUUAUGGCCGAGGAGGCGAAGAGGAUGGAGGGUGUCCUUGAGGGUUUCUUUUUGUCGAGUGUAUAA